UUAAGAAGGGGGCGUGACAAAACUCCGGAGCUAAUUCAAGAUGGCGACGCCGUAGUGCAGUUUCAGAGCAACAACUGACUCAACAAAGAAAAUAAAAACGGAAAAGUGAAACAGCUGUAUUAUCGGGUUGCUUGGGAUUUGUUUUAAACAAUUAUAGCUUUAAACCAGUAGCUUGAGCCUGGCGCUGUAGUGAGCAGUUUGAAAGUGCUGUAGCCGGACUGCCUUCACCCCGCAGCUGCAGCGAUGUCUUUCGGCAAUUCGACCACAGAUACCACACCCUUCUUCUCGGAUGAUGAGGGGGAGGGGACAGAAGUGAAGGGGGAGGCCCGGCCAAAUCCCCCGGAGGAAGAGUGUGCAAGUGGAGUAUCCAAUAGCCGAGCAUUGAUGACCGUGGUGGUCCUUUGCUACAUUAACUUGUUGAACUACAUGGACAGGUUUACUGUAGCAGGUGUGCUUCCUGAUAUUGAGAAGUUCUUCGCCAUCAAUGAUGGCACAUCUGGGCUGCUUCAAACUGUCUUUAUCUGCAGCUACAUGUUUCUUGCUCCUGUCUUUGGCUAUCUGGGAGACAGGUACAACAGGAAGUUGAUCAUGUGUGUGGGCAUCAGCUUAUGGUCUUUAGUGACAUUGGCCAGCUCCUACGUUUCCAGAGAUCAUUUUUGGGCUUUGUUGCUGACGCGGGGGCUUGUAGGGAUCGGUGAGGCCAGUUACUCGACCAUUGCUCCUACCAUCAUCGCAGACCUUUUCAUUAAGGAAAAGAGAACCGCCAUGCUCUCUGUCUUUUACUUUGCCAUCCCUGUGGGCAGUGGUCUAGGUUAUAUAGUAGGAUCAGCAGUGGAUAAAAGGGCACAAGACUGGCACUGGGCUCUGAGGGUGACGCCUGCUUUAGGUCUUAUAGCAGUGUUUUUGUUGGUGUUUGUGGUGAAGGAGCCUAAGCGUGGUGCUAUUGAAGCCCGGCCUGAGCACACCCUGCAUAGGACUAGCUGGAUUGCAGACAUGAAGGCUCUCUUCAGGAAUACGAGUUUUAUUCUGUCAACAUUUGGCUUCACGUCAGUAGCCUUUGUCACAGGAUCGCUUGCUCUUUGGGCUCCUGCCUUCCUCUUCAGGGCAGCAGUCUUCACUGGAGAGAAGCAGCCGUGUAUAAAGGAGCCGUGCGACACCUCUGACAGCCUGUAUUUUGGCGUCAUCACGUGUGUGACUGGUGUGUUGGGUGUAGCGAUGGGUGGAGCAGUCAGUCAGCGUCUGAGAAUGAAAACGCCACGUGCUGACCCACUCGUGUGUGCCGCUGGCCUCCUCCUUGCCGCUCCUUUCCUCUAUCUGUCAAUCAUCUUUGCCCAGGGCAGCACCAUAGCUACCUACGUCUUCAUCUUUUUUGGUGAGAUGUUCCUCUCGAUGAACUGGGCAAUCGUUGCUGACAUCCUGCUGUAUGUUGUUGUCCCUACACGGCGCUCCACUGCAGAGGCUUUCCAAAUCGUACUCUCUCACCUGCUAGGAGAUGCAGGGAGUCCCUACCUAAUAGGAGUGGUGUCGGACUCACUGAAGCAAACGGAUUCUUACAUGUGGCAGUUCCGCUCUUUACAGAUCUCACUCUUGCUCUGUACUUUUGUCGCUGUGGUGGGUGGAGCCUUUUUCCUGGCCACAGCCCUUUUUAUUGAAAAAGACCGACAUCUUGCUGAGAAUUAUGUUCCCACAGACGAUGCACCGAUUGUCGUCCCUAAAAGAGGAAGAUCCACGAAGGUGUCUGUGUCAAGUGUUUUAGUUUGAGUAAAUUUGACUAAAGACCUUGAAGAAUCUAGAGAAUGCUCACUACACUGGAGGAUGUGGAUGGCUGUAACUGAGCUCAACACCACUACUGGAGUAGAAAGGGAUGAAGAGUUUCACUGAUUGAACUUUCACCUGUUCAGGGACUUUGAGGAAAAUUUAUGUUACAUUUAUAUUAUUAACAACUUUAUUAUUUUUGGGAACAUGACUAACUAUAAGGAAGUGCGACCUUCUGGAGGACUUUUUUUCUGGGAAUAAAAUGAGCUCUCCAGCAUUUAGCAUUCCGGCAUUCUGAGAAGAGAUGUGUCUCAUAUUGAGGAGCACCAAAGACUGUCGAAUUGUGUCGAAUGGAGAACACAUCACGAGAUAAAAGGCACAAAUUGUGUUUUAUACCUUAAGUCAAAAGGAGGAGAUUUUAACCUUUAGUUUAUUUUAACUAUUAUUUAUGUUUAAUUCAUUUUAGCAAAAGUAUAUUCACUGAUAUCAUUUCACUGUCCUUUCUGUAAUCACACUACAUGAUCAUAAUGACAUGACUAUGCAUUGCUGUGUAAUGUUAACGCUUCCUAAAGAACCUCUACAUAUGCUACAGUAUUUCACAUUAUAAUCCCAAGUAUAGCUUUUAUUUUUAAGAUUUAAAAAAAGGGUCAAAAUAAAACACCUACCCUUCUGCAUCUAUCCAAGUUUUUAUGAUUCUGAAUAUUCAAGCGUUUCCUGAUUCUGAUUGACACUGCAGAUCUUUAGGAUGUGCAUUUAAAUAAAAAGUCAUUCCUUUUUGUUAUUUAUUUUUUUAAGAUUUUGGUGUUUGUACAAAGCUAAUUUGGAGAAGCUAUCGUUAGGAAUAAUGAGGUUUGACAACAUGUUCCAUUUUGUUAAUUGUUAAAAUUCUCUUUGUGGGGGGGCUUCUCUAGUGAUGUAACCUGAAUGCUUUAUACUAUUAAAAUUCUCAGCAACAGUA